AUGGUACUAACUUUGUACGGAAUGGAUGCCAGUUCACCUGUCCGAGCAGUCAAAAUGGUCAUUAAUAAACUUAAUAUACCGGAUAUUGAAUACAUUCAAAUUAAUCUUCUAAAAGGAGAACAUACUUACGAUAGCUUUUUGGAGAUGAAUCCACAGCAUUCUAUACCCACUAUUAAAGAUGGCGACUUUAUUAUUUGGGACAGUCACGCUAUAACGGCGUAUUUAGUAUCCACGUAUGGUGAAGACGACAGUCUAAACCCGACUGAACCAAAACAAAGAGCCAUUAUAGAUCAAAGACUGCAUUUUGACAGUGGAGUAUUAUUUCCGGCUCUACGCCAAAACGUAGUUCCCGUAUUGUUUGGUGGGCAAAAUUCUUUUGAUCAAAAAUCUCUCGAUCAACUGUCUUCAGCCUAUGAACUGGCUGAUAAAUUUCUUACUCAUACCUGGUUAGCUGGUGAUAAUUUAACUUUAGCUGACAUAUGCUGUUAUGCGACCAUAAGUACCAUGAACGUUUUGUUGCCAGUUGACGUUGAAAUGUAUCCAAAUUUGGCGGCCUGGUUGCAACGUUGUUCAGAACAAGAUUUUGCAGUUAAUGCCAAUGAGAAGGGCUUGGCCUUGUUCAGAGAUAUUAUAUAUUCAAAACUAACUUAG